UUAAAAUUAAAAACCCUAGUUCCGACCUCGUCUUCAUUGUUCACAAACGAGUCGCCGACGACAAACUCAGGCGAAAAUUUCGCAGCUUCUCUUCCUCCGGCGGUGAAACACAGGUGAGCCGCGAGCCUUUCCGAAAGAGAAGCUUCUCUCUUUCCAACGAAAACAGGCGCCGCGAAUAUCUCUCUCUUCGUCUCAUUCUCCGGCGAACACAUACGAGCUCCUCUCCGUCACCACUCAGCUUGCAGAAUCCUGAGAAAUUUAGAAUGGAUUGUGAGGAAAACGUUAGGGAUGAAUCACUCGUUUUGAUUAAACAAGGAGCAGAAGCUAGGGUGUUCGAGUCUACAUUUGCUGGAAGAAGAUCCAUCGUGAAAGAACGUUUCUCGAAGAAAUAUAGACAUCCGAUUUUGGAUGCAAAACUCACACUUAAACGCUUGAAUGCGGAAGCUAGGUGUAUGACAAAGGCAAGAAAGCUCGGGGUUUGUACUCCAGUCCUAUAUGCUGUGGAUACUCUGCUUCACUCUUUAACACUUGAGUACAUUGAGGGGGUCUCUGUUAAGGAUAUUUUCCUUGAGUUUGGGACCAAUGGGGUUGUUGAGGAACGUUUAGAUGAUGUUGCUGCUCAGAUUGGGGCUGCAAUUGCUAAGCUCCAUGAUGGUGGCUUGGCUCAUGGUGAUUUGACCACAUCAAAUAUGUUAGUCAGAAGUGGAACAAAUCAGCUGGUACUAAUUGAUUUUGGCUUGAGCGUCACAUCGACCUUGCCUGAAGACAAAGCUGUUGAUUUAUAUGUACUUGAAAGAGCCUUACUCUCAAUGCAUUCGUCAUGCGGGAAUGUGAUGGAUCGUAUACUGACGGCGUAUAGGAAGUCCUCAAAGCAAUGGUCAGCCACGUUUAACAAGCUCGCACAAGUGAGACAGCGAGGGAGAAAGCGGACUAUGAUUGGAUGAGGCGAUGAGCCAAGUUCUCCAGUGGUACUGUCCUUAAAACUUUGACCACAAAGCCACCCAAAAUCUGUCCUGUAUUAUUAUUCGAUAGCGAUCCAAUUUGUCGAUCAGUAUUAAGGUAUCAAUGCUGAGAUGUGUGAUCGAUUUUUUCAACCAGAAAACGAUUAUAGAACAUAUGUCAAGCAGGGCAUUCUCAUAUAAGUACUUAAGAAAGCAACAUUAUUGAUUACGGUUAGAAAGUUACUAUAUUUAUCGAUUAUGUCAACGAACAUAUGACAAAUAAAGAAUGUUACAACACCAUUAUUACAAAACGUUUAACUACCUUUUAUUUGAGC